UCUGCCUUGACAUCAGCGCAGUGGUCUUUUCUCAUUGGCUAGCGGCGAAAUUUGAAAUGAAACGCGCUCAUUGUAGCUUCAGCUGUGGAAGGAUGUGGAUAAAGAUACAACAAGGUGGUCGCUAAAAAAAAGAAGCAAAAAGCAGUGCGUUCACUGUGUUGAACACUACCAAAAGGGUUUUGCUGUCCAACAUUUCUCCAGUACUGAAACGGGUCUUCAGUUACAGCCCAUAAUGCAGAGUGCUGUGCUAAGCCUCCAGAGCUUAUAUGAAAAGCUGAGGACGCAAGCUGACCUUCUCAGCGAGAACAUUGAACCCAACUUCAUCCAGCUAGCACAAAACUUUGAUGACUGCCGUCGCAAAUGGCUGAGGACAGAGCAGGAUCUGGGCUCUUGCAAAGAGGUGCUCACCAAAGCAGAGACAGAGAGGUCAGCCUUGGAGGUCAAACUGAAACAUGCUCGCAACCAAGUAGAUGUGGAGAUCCGGCGCAGACAGAAGGCUGAGUCUGACUGUGAGAAGUUGGACCGUCAAAUUCAGUUGAUCCGGGACCUCCUCACCAGUGAGGGAUCCUCCAACAGCAUCCAGCUGAGUGCAGAGCAGCGCUCAGCUCUAGCCUUCCUGAACACAAACUGCCAGGCAGCAGCCAGCCAGAAUACCAGCCGAAGACUAAUGACGAUAGAUGAGUCAGCUUCCAUCUUGUCAGAUAUCAGCUACGACAAAACGGAUGACUCUCUUGACUGGGACUCCUCCAAUGUGAGGACAGUGCGACUCAAGAAAAGAGAAAAGAGGCGCUCCUCAAGAAAUCAUAUCGAUGGUCCUCCUCUUGCCUCCAAGCGGUCUCGGUCAACAGGCAGAACUUCAGAGAGGGGAAAUGAGACCCUCGUGACAAAGACCACAGUGACAGUCCCUGCGAAUGGAGGACCUGUUGAGGCUGUUUCAACCAUCGAGUCUGUUCCUUACUGGACUCGCAGCAGGAGAAAGACUGCUGCCAUGGAGUGGGACUCUGAAUCUGUCAAGUCUGAUGAUGUCUUCAAGCAGCCUGGCAACCCCGAGGGAGAGCGAAAAGCAGCGCCCAGCACUCCGCAGAGCCACGGGGCUGUCCGUCUUCACGAGUUUGUCUCCAAAACUGUCAUUAAGCCUGAAUCGUGCGUACCCUGUGGAAAGAGGAUCAAGUUUGGCAAGAUUUCACUGAAGUGCCGUGACUGCAGGGUGGUCUCGCACCCCGAGUGUCGCGAGCGUUGCCCUCUGCCAUGCAUCCCCAACAUGGGUGCCACACCGGUCAAAAUCGGAGAGGGUGUGCUCGCAGACUACGUCCAUAACACAUCCCCCAUGAUUCCUCCUCUCGUAGUCCACUGUAUCAGUGAGAUCGAGCAAAGGGGCCUGCAUGAGGCGGGACUGUACCGUCUUUCCGGUGCUGAUCGCACAGUGAAGGACCUGAAGGAAAAGUUUCUCCGCAGCAAAACGGUUCCCGUGCUCAGCAAGGUGGACGAUAUCCAUGCCAUAACUGGCCUCCUCAAGGACUUCCUGAGGAACCUCAAGGAGCCUCUUCUCACCUUCCGCCUCAACCGUACAUUCAUGGAAGCAGCCGAGGUUUCAGACGACGACAACAGCGUAGCUCUGAUGUACCAAACCAUCAGUGACCUGCCGCAGGCCAACAGAGACACGCUGGCUUUCUUAGUCCUCCACCUUCAGAGAGUUGCUGACAGUUUGGACACAAAGAUGGACAUCAGUAACUUGGCUCGAGUGUUUGGGCCAACUAUUUUGGGUCAUGCCGUUCCCAACCCUGACCCGAUGACAAUCCUACAGGAUACCAAACGACAACCUAAGGUUGUGGAGCGUCUGUUGGCGCUGCCGCCUGAUUACUGGGGCCAGUUUGUGAUGUUAGAAAGCGAGCCGCCCAACUUGGACCACCUGAUAAUCGAGAACGCAAACUGCUAUGCCACCCCCGAGAGAAUGAGCAUGCUGGGGCCUCUGACUACUCCGGAGCACCAGCUCAAUAAAACCCCCUCCUCCAGCUCCUUGUCUCAGCGCAUGAAGUCCACGCUGACACCCAGAUUUGGGAGCAAGAGUAAAUCAGCAGUCGGAUUCUCUCGCCAAGGAAAAUUCUUUGCAUCUCCACUGCUUAAAUAAUCCAAAGCAGUUACACUAAACCUUUGAUGGAUACUGCAAUAACAACCAUUACUACUUAUUUUACUGCAUAACGCAUAACAUGGUACUGCUUUGAUAAUGACUAUAAAUAUCUCCAUCUUAGCCUUUUUUAUUAUCUUUUUAAUAUUUCACAAUCGUAAGAGUUGUAUUUUGAUGAUUUUACGUGUUUGUAUAAGGAUAUGUUUUAGAUUUUCCUAUCUAUGCACACUUGUGUGUCUUUAGAGCUGAUGUUUUUGCCAAAUGUUUAACAAGACAUUCUCAUUUCACUUCUUAACACAUGUAAUGUACUGUAUAUUACUCCUUUUGAGAAAUGUGCGCAUAGGUGAAAAUAUGUACAGAUUGAUUGUGACCUAAUUUUCUCUCGCCAGUUUUUCAACUCAUGUGUCACUCAGAAGUUGAAGAACUGAUUCUAAGGCAUUUCAUUCUAGUUUGUAAUUGAAUAUGUGACUGCUAGUAACAGUAUCUUUUACUUUUUUUUAAUUUUUUUUGUGAUGUUUGUAUUUCAAUUCUCUUAAGUUUUGAUUGUUUUCAUCCUCCAGCAAAUUGUGCUGCAAUUGUUUACAAGCUCACAUGCCCUUUCCUUUUCAUACUGGAACGACAAACAGUUAUUGUAAGACCUCGAGGCAGAUUUUCUAUCAUAUGUAAGCUUGACUGGGUUAUUGGUAAUUGGCAUUGAUCUCUUUAAAAA